UUUAAAAACAGUCAAAUAUUAAAUGAUCAAUCAGAAGAAAUGUUAAAUUGUUUACAAAUUAAUUCUUCAGGAGAAUCUUUUAAAAUUCCAAUUUAUGAAGCUAUAAUGCUUAUACAAAGAUAUGGAACAAUAUUACCAAAAGAAUUGGAUGAAAUGAAAAAAUUGGGAAUUGAAUUACAUCCACCAACACCUGCAAAACGUUUAAAAAAAUCAUCAAAAUUAAAUAAAGAAAGUAUUGGACCUCCAAUAAAUUUUCGCCAUAAUGUUUCUGCAAGAGUUAGAAGUUCCAGUUCUGAUGAUAAAUCAUUUUCUGAUGAAAAAAUUCUUGUUAUACAUCGUUUAAAAAAAGAUCAGGAUCGUCAUCGUUCUCAUGAUUCUUUAGUGGAUCAAAACAUUGAAGAUAAUAAAGAAGAUAGUUUGUCAACAAUUCAUUCAAUGCUAAAAUCGCAACAACAGCAACAACGAGGGGUUUAUUUUUAA